AUGCCAGUCCUCCCUUCCCUCAAAGACUCGACAUUCAACACCGACCUCCACGACCGCCACCUAAUCUAUGACUACGCCGCACAAGACAGCGAGGGCAAUCCUGAAAAAUGGCGUUACGAAAUGUGGUUCUACAAUGAAGACCGCAUCGUCUACGCCAUCCACGGCGGUCCCAUGGCGGGKCGCAAAAACUUUCAGUCUGCAACAUACCAAUGCAUUCGACCGGGAGAAUUGUGGCAGUGCAAUUGGCUUGAAGAGACGGGCACGAUUUGUUCGCUAGUUUAUGAUAUACGUAACAAGAAGAUUACGACAUUGUUGGGGUUUUCGAGGGGUCAUUGGGAUCAAAAUGAAGAGGCAAAGGGGGAUAAGAGAAACCCAAAGGAUUUUGAGAGAUGGAGGGGUCUGGCCAAAGUGGGUAAGAGCCAGGCGGAUAGGGUGUUGUUGAGUGAGCAGGCAGAUAUCUUGGAGGAUUUUAGAGGGAAGGGAGAUUUGGAGGAGAUUGAGAUGAGCUGGCCUACCCUCUGA